AUGCAUAUAAAUAUAAAUUGGAAAUUACAUACAAAUAUAUUAUUAAAUAUAGUUGGUUCAAUUCUUUUUAUUAUCGGUUCAAUUUUCUUUCAUCCGCAUUUUUCCGUGACUAAUUCAUUAUAUAAAACUGGUGUUUUAACAUUUGUUUUUGGUUCCGUUUUAUUUUAUUUCUCUUCACUACAACAACUGUUUAUGUGUUUUCAGAAUCUUGAACCUAGUAAAGCUGGUGUAGUUAAUGAUUCAAAACCAUUGGAUUUAGAUUUAGCUAUAUCAUUCUGUCGACAUACUCUUGGAUGUUGCAGUGGAAUAUUAUUUAUAGUUGGUUCAGCGGCAUUUUAUCCUACCUAUGGUCAUUGCGGUGUACUUGUAGGAAACUGGCUUUUUCGUUGUGGAGCAACUUUAUCUGUAUUGAGUUAUGUAUGGUUUCUUAUUCGUGAGCAAAUGAAAUCUUCAAAGUUUUCUUUGGUAAAGCUAGUAGUGUUCAUAGCAUUAUUAGGUUCAAUUGGUUUUCUUAUUGGUGGUGCAUUCUUUUUAGCUGGACCAGAUUAUGCUAGUCACGGAAGUUUUGCUUGGGUUGCUGGAUCAGUUGUAUUUCUUUUAUCAUCCGUUAUGUUAUAUAAACUUUAA